ACCUGCGCACUAGCCGCCGCCACGUUUUAGUUUACCGACGUUGACUCGACUGACCGGCCGCACACGCCGCGCACACAUCGCACUCGCACGUCGUACGUCGCACCGCGCACACGACGACUGACGGCGACGCAACCGCGCAGGUAUACAUACACCGUACACGUAACCUGCACCCAUCAGUCGACGACCACGUCUCACGGGCGCGGUGAUCGCAUUCGUUUUCGGCACGUCCGUUCCGCCGCCGCGUUUUAUUUUCCAUAACAACAUUAUUAUUAUUAUUCGUAUUACAACGGCAAGCGAUAUGGUCCGCGAAACGACGACGACGACGGCCGCCGACGUCGCUGCCGUUCGCGUUUAACCCGCAAUAAUAUUAUUCAACGGAAUUACGUUCCGUUUCGCGCAGCGGUUUUCAAGUGUGUUUUUCUCGUCUCCAGCACGGUUAGGGUACAGUACACCCGAAGAAUAUCAAAUUAUUUUCAGGACCGUGAUUUGUCCGCCCACCGCAUACCGUGUCGCGGAUACCUAGGUUUAGGUAUAUACCUAUAGGUGCCCAGGCAUAAUAUACAUAUUGUUGUUCGCUCCGUGCGCGCGCGUUUUUCGUUUCGCCGGCCGCAUAGGUUCGGUUGCGAUACCUUGUUACCGGUAAUAAUAUGAUAAUGGGUACGGCCAACCAGGAACAGCAUCCCGCCAGCGCGAUCAAAAAGCCCACGGACUUUUCGAUCGACGCUAUUAUGCGCAAAGAUGACGCCGCCGCUGCCGCUGCCACCGCUGCCGAUUCGAGACACAACAUCAUGUUCGGCGCGGAAGGUGAAGGUUCAAUGGGUGGGACUGAAGAUUUGGACAUUGAAGUUGACGUCGUUGAGACUUCGGAACCGGAAGACUUGGCAGCCAACCGCUAUCAUCGUCGGUCCUCAGUGGAUGCGGGCAACGGAAAACAGAAUGGCUCGGCUAGUGGUUCAAAAAAAAAGAGAUGCAGAGAAACGGUUAGCGCUUCGUCUGAAGACGGUGACCGGACACCGCCCCCGCACGAUUCUGCACAAGUUACCUCUAAGAACUUGGCAACAAUGUUGGCAAAAUGUACCAGUCCAGAUUUGGCAUCUACGGAAUGCUACCUCGAGUCCGUUUCAAAAGAGCUCUGGUCCAAAUUUCACGAACUGGGCACAGAAAUGAUCAUCACCAAAACCGGAAGGAGGAUGUUCCCCACGCUGCGCGUGUGCUUCCGGAAGCUGGACCCAAAUCAAAAAUAUUCGGUACUUAUUGAUAUCGUGCCAGUGGACAACAAACGGUACAGAUACGCUUACCACAAAUCUUCAUGGCUGGUGGCCGGUAAAGCCGACCCGCCCGCUCCGCACCGGCUGUACACGCACCCUGACUCGCCGUUUACCGGUGACCAGCUGCACAAGACGUUUGUGUCGUUCGAAAAAGUCAAGCUUACCAACAACGAGAUGGACAUCAGUGGACAGAUCAUUUUGAACUCGAUGCACAGAUAUCAGCCCCGGAUACACCUGGUCAAGUGGAGGGGCAUGGUGACCGACUUGGACGCAGAAAAGUACCGGUCUUUCGUGUUCCCAGAAACCGUGUUCACGGCCGUCACGGCUUAUCAAAAUCAACUGAUAACGAAAUUGAAAAUCGACAGCAACCCAUUCGCCAAAGGAUUCCGUGAUUCUUCGCGACUAGGAGAACUUGAAAGAGAUCCGGUGGACCUGAUGUUCCUGGAACACCAGUACAACCAGCACCUGCUCAGUCGGGCGGCCACGCCCAUGUUCUGGCCGUCGUCGCAGGACGGCGGCGUCGUCCAUCCCGGACAGCAGUCGGCAAUGGAACAGCACCAUCAACACCAGCUAAACCAGCAACAACAUCAACUGCAGCAACAGCAGCACCACCUUCACCACCAGCAACAGCAGCAGCAGCAUCAGCAGCAGCAACAGCAACAGCAGGACCAGAGCAACGGCGGCGGCAAUUCGGGAUUCAUGUUGGCCGCCGCGGCCGCUGCCCGUGCGCAAUUCCACAUGUUGAACAACGCGGCAGCCGCGGCCGCAGCGUCGGGCGGGGGCAGGACGCAGGCAGGCGGCGACGGCAGCGGUGGCGCCGGCGGACCGGCUGCCCAGCACUACCAGCACUCGGCUGCCGCCGCGGCGGCCGCUGCGGCCGGCAUGCACUCGCUCAUAGUGUACGGCAACCACUUCCAACAGUCGCAGUCGCGUUUCGCGGCCGCCGCAGCCGCAGCAGCAGCGGCCGCGGCGUCGUCGUACCCGGGACCGCCGCCCCCGCCGCACCCGUCGUCCAUGUUUACGUGGCCGCCGCAGUCGCAAUACCCGAGGUACGUGUCGGCGGCCGCCGCUUUUCAGCCGCCGCCGCUGCCGCAGCAGCAGCCUGUGGCCUCGUCGUCGUCGUCGUCGUCCACCGCGGUCGGGCCGCCCCAAUCGCCGCCGCAGCCGUCGCUCCAGCCGCCGCCGCCGCCACCGCUGCCGCUCCAACAGCAGCCGUCCACGUCCACGUCGUCGUCGUCGUCGUCGCCGUCUUCGUCCAGCGCCGCGGCCGUCGUCCACCACCACCAUCACCCCGUCGCCGGCGCGGUGCACCAGCACCACCAGCACCACCACCACCCGCGGUCGUACAGUCCCGCGCGAACGCCGCCCGGCACCGGCGGCGGUUCGUCUUCGGCCGAGUCGCUGCCGUCGCCGGACGUGGACGGCAGGUCGGCCACCAAAUACCAGAAGCGCCGUUCGCCGUCCGCCGCCAGGUAUUCGCCCUUCGACGCCACCAAAGCCGACGAAUCGUAAUUCGUUCCGGUCCGCGCGCGUGUUUUGUUUUCCUCAACAAAUUUCCCCGCCCCCGUCAAAAUCACCCCUCCCGCCACUUAGACCUUCCUCGUCAUAACCCGUUUUGUAAAUAUAUAUUGUAUCAUUUUUAUAUAUAUAUAAUAUUAUUCAUCCACCGGAAGCUACUAUUAUAUAUUAUUAUUAUGUGUUAUGUAUUAUACUUAUUAUUAUAUAUACUACUUAGCUCUUAUUAUAUACUACUACUACUAUUAUUACCUACUACUUAAUACUCACUGUAUAAUAUGAUUGUAUAAUAAUAUGUAGGUAUACCGUAUUAUACCGCUUAUACCUCGACUUCCGUAUGCUCUGCGCACCUAUGUGGUUCGUGUUUAAGGGGUUUUUCGUGUAGUUUUUCUCGGAUAACAACUAAAACGGCGGUUUUCCGGUUUCCGGUUCAAUACAAUAUUUGAGAUGGCUGUUUUGAUUAAGAACUCGUGUUUCAUUUUCGCUACGGUAUCUCGUUGUAUGAUGUCAAAAGCCGGUUUUCGUUUUUAGUGCGUGACCUGAGACUUUUUCGUUUUCACUUUUUCAGUCAACGUGUGGAAAUAUAAUACCAUAUUAUGUAUAUUCAAUACUUACUAAUGCUGUACAUUGUAAAACAACCCCUUCCCCUCCAUCACCAUUGCAGUCCAAGUGUCCGCCGCCGCGUGUAGGUACCGCGGUGGCGUGUGAGGUGCGCGAGAUUUAUGUGCAAUAUAUUAUUAUGAUAUUACUUCGUCAUGUUUUUUUUUCGUUUCUUCCAGUUGUUGUAUGUUAUGAUAAUAUUAUAGUCUUCG